GACGUGGCUUGGAGUCAAAACAAUAACAACAAUGAGUGAAUCCAGCGAAAUAGCACGUUUGCGUGAAUUCCUUACUGAGCUUAUACCCAGCGAAGAUCAAUUUCAACGUUUAUAUCAAAACUUUUGCACACAGAUACGCAAAGGUCUGGGCGCAAAGACAAACAAGGAUGCGAGCACAAAAUGCUACCUAACAUACGUACAGGAUUUCCCCAAUGGCAAUGAAACGGGUAAUUAUCUAGCCCUCGAUUUGGGUGGCUCCAAUUUCCGCGUACUGCUCGUCACACUGAAGGGAGAUCACGAAGCGGACCAAGUUUCAAAGAUUUAUCAAUUGACCGAAAGGGAAUUACUUGGAACUGGUCCACAUCUUUUUGAUUACAUUGCCAAAUGUUUGCAUGAAUUCGUUUGUGAGCUCAAAUUGGAAAACGAAAAUCUGCCAUUGGGUUUCACAUUUUCAUUUCCUUGCGUACAGACUGGCUUGAGCAAGGCAACAUUGGUGCGUUGGACAAAGGGAUUCAAUUGCUCCGAUACAGUGGGAAAGGAUGUGGGCGCAAUGUUGAAGGCGGCUAUUUCAAGGCGAGUCGGGCUAAAAAUUGAUAUGGUCGCCAUAUUGAAUGACACUACUGGUACACAAAUGUCUUGCGCCCAUCGCAAUCCUGGUUGUAAUAUAGGUUUGAUUGUUGGAACUGGUUGUAAUGCCUGCUAUACGGAAAAGGUGGAAAAUUGUGAGCGUUUAGAUGCGAAAUACAAGGAUAAACCGAAAAUCAUUAUAAAUGUUGAGUGGGGCGCAUUCGGCGAGAAAGGAGGCCUUGAUCAUUUGUAUACCGAGUACGAUAGGGUUGUCGAUAAAAAUUCGCUGAAUCCUGGCGCACAGAUUUACGAAAAAAUGGUAGCAGGCAUGUACCUGGGCGAAUUGGUGCGUUUGAUUAUGAUGCGCGCCGUUAAAGAGAACUUGGUUUUCUCUCAGUGUAAACUUCGCAAACAUAUCACCGAUAUCUUGACGAAAAGGCCACAUUGCAUCGAAUCCAAGGUUCUAUCUGAAGUUGCCAACGACAAAGGUGAUGAUUGGCCAGUCGUAAAGAAUGUUUUUAAACAAGUCUUCAAUUUGAAAGAUCCAGAUCCUAAAGAUUGUAUGAAAUUCAAAUAUAUUUGCGAUGUUGUUGUGAAACGUUGUGGCAACAUGCUGGGCGUAACGCUGGGCGCUUUAGUAAACAAAGUGGGCGAAAGCUUCUCCAUCAUAGGCGUAGAUGGUUCUGUUUAUCGCUGUCAUCCGAACCUGGAUGGCUACAUGCGUGAAACGUUGGACAAAUUCGUUGAAAAGGACUAUAGAUAUGAUAUUAUGCUUUCCGAAGAUGGUUCGGGACGUGGUGCGGCAUUAGUGGGUGCUGUUGUGUACAGAGAUUAUAUGGAUAAAACGAGACUAAAAUGAAUUACAGCAGGAAAUUUCAAUGAUGUCUUAAAAAAGUCGGUUUUUUACAUUUC